UGCACUCUAUAAUCGUAACAGAGCGCCUAAUUAACGCGGUAAUAAUAGCAAUUUACAAUAUAAAUUGAUUUAAAACUUCCGACCUGUUACGGUAUUAAAAUAGUAAACGAGUUUCAUCGACGCUAUUCGCACAUCACUUGUUAAGUCCAUCAAGUUAAGCCGCUCCAAACACAAUAUGAAAGUCUUGGUAUUACUGCUUUUGGUAUCUUCAACGAUAAGGGCCGAAGAGUCGAACGACGACGGAGCAUCGCGUAAUUUGUUCCACGAGCAGGGAUUGAACGGCCCGCAUUCUUAUCGUUACGGUUACGAUACGGGAGACGGACCUAACCGUCAGACUAAGUAUGAAGAGCGAGACGAUAAGGGUAUCGUUAGGGGGUCCUACACCUUCGUCGAUCCUCACGGGAAAGUGCAGGUCGUAACCUACGAAGCCCACCCCAAAUACGGUUUCCGGGCCAAAGGAAGUUUCGGCGUUUUCCCGCGUAAAUCUUGAUGUAAUAUUAAUUAAAAUUUCGGCUUCGAUUCCAAAAUGGUGCGCCGUUUUAAAUUCCUAUUCCACCAAAUAAACAUGACGGUUCUGGCUU